AUCACGUUUCUAGUUUGCACGUGUUAUCGUGUAUCUUUAUCUUUUUGAAUUCUAAUUAAAAAAAUGAAUUGCAAUUAAUACAUAUUGCAUACGCAGUGCCUGCAUGUUGUUGGGUGGCUUGUGUAUUUUCCAUGCAUCCAUCUUUUCGGAAAAUAUUUCAGGUUUUAAUAGUCAAUAGGAAAUGAUUGCAAGAAGUAAACUUAAUUGCAUUUGAAAAUUACACACGAAUAUAAUUUAUUUUCAUUAUUACAAUAUAAUACAAACAGAAAGUAAUCCUGCAUUAUUAGAACAGUCAGUAUAGUGAAUAUGACACAUUAACAUAAGACUAAAAAAUUGACAAAUAAUAGAACGCGUACACAGGUAAAAAACCUAACAUAACUAUAAAGCUAAUAUUGCAAACCAUGAACACUUCUCUUGAUAAACUUACUUCGAGUCGGUUGCGAAACGUGCAGUUUCAACAAACCGAAUAACUUAACGAAAUUUAAUUUAAUCCUAACUUAAACUUUGACUUGGCGUUGUAGGUAAUAUCUCAAGGCAGUUUCAAAUCCAUCCUUUGGUAGCUUUUAAAAUCAACGAUUUACGGGGUGAUAAGUUAUAAGACCGGUCUUAGUAUGCUAAAAAAAAUCAAUAAAGCUCAAUGUGUCGCAAAAGCUCUAGGUAAUUGGAAAACAAGAAAAUGUGAAAGUAAUUAUAAUCCGUACAAAUUGCCCGAUGGUCGAAAAUCAAAAUCUACUCAAGCAGAGAUUGAAGAUCAUUGUCAUGGGAGCACCUCUAAGUUCGAUUCAAUUCUUAAAUUUAUUCUAGCAAGAUGGUUAAAGCGAGCUGUUUACGGGAAAUUAGAGGGAAUUUUGGUCAUAUUGAUAUCUUUAUACUCUGAAAUUUGGAACCCUGAGGAAAUUCAUAGAAAAUAUACUUCACAAAGUGUGUGUCUUUGUAUGCACAUUAUAGGCGCAUUACGAUUCCUAAAAAGUAUUGAGACUUGA